AUGCAGACUAAAACCUCGUAUUAUCGCUCGACCGAUUCAGGCUUAAAUAGUUCCAAUCGCGACGGUGAGAAAGGUGAUGAAAAUGAUAAAUCCGAAGGAGACAAGCAGCCUAAGCCACAGUUUAGAGAUGAAUGUUUCAGAAAAAUGGAUUUAAUGAUCGAGUUCACGAACCUUCGUAAUCCGAGACAUUGCCCAAGUGGUGUUUAUGUUAUGCCCUCUGCUGAUAAUUUUCAUAAUUAUCCCCCAACCGUGCAAUUUAUCUCAAAGUUAAUAAACGAUGGUGGUUUGUUCCACCCGCUCAUUCACCCAGAGACUGGUAAUUUCUCCUUGAUCCAACAAUUUAAGGAUUGGGAACCACACAAAUAUUAUAUUUUCCAUGUGCUUCAUUACGUUAAGAAGUCAUUUAAAAAGGGUGUUUUGGAUAAUUUAUCAGAAAAACAUAUCCAAAACAAGGAUGCCUAUGAUACUUAUAAAGAAAAUCCUCGGAGGUUUGGAACUUUGGCCAAACAAUGUGCUGAAUUAUCAACUUCUAAAACAGUUUUGUAUGAUAAUCAUAACGAAUCCAAUCCAAUUCAGUUUUCAGAGUUGCAAGACGAAAAGCUUGAAAAAGAUGAAUAUAAUGCUAAGAUGGCUGAAGCUCCAAUUCUUAUGCUUCGCUUUUCUUUCCUUAGUUAUAUUACUAAACUGAAGAAAAAACUGGGAAAAGUAACGAACAAUUUAUCGCAACAGAUUUCAAAGU